CCCCUUCCAUUCACUGGGAAUAAUGCUCAGUUUUCAUUCUCAGUCGCACUUGUAUCAUUCCCACCCCUCGGAUUUAGUGAAAGCGGAUACUAUUAGGGCUGCCAGACCUCCCACUAACCAGCCACUCCUUCUCCUUUUCAGCCUGGGUGCCUGGUGAGAACAAGUUAAAAUCAAGAGGAAAAAGAUUUCCAAGAAGGGAAACUGCUUCUGUCGAGGAGCUUGAGCACUGCAAUAGGUUUGGCACCGUGUCAAUCUCGAGUGAUGAAGUUUCUAAAUCUAAAGGAUUUUUCAUAUCUGUGAUUAGGGAAAUAACGUUAUAAGUUCUGGGGAAGCCUUCAGCAAUGGCGACAGCUGAACUAACAUUCAUCUAAAGCAGAAAUAUGAGCUUGGAUUUAGUGCUUCAGUAUCCUUGUUCAUCAGCUCAACCUCGGUGAUGGUUUACUAGGAGAAGACAAUCCAUUGCAAGUAAAGUUCUGCUUGAGUUGGACAAAGAUAAAUGUAGAGUGAUGGCGGUGCAAUCUCCAAUCAUGAACCACCAGUUUCUGUCCUUGUAUAUUCCCGGAUCCAUUGUGGACUAUGAGAAAAGAUACCAAGAAGGAGUGGACUAUCUUGGGGCCGUUGAAAGUGGCGACUUCAAAGAAACAACCAAGGACCUUCUCAGCUUCAUCAACACGGCCUCCAGCAAUAUAAAGCUGGCUUUGGACAAACCGGGAAAGUCAAAGAGGAAAGUCAACCAUCGGAAGUACCUGCAGAAGCAGAUUAAGAGGUGCACAGGUUUGAUGGGCAGUGGGAAUAUUAAUCAGGGAUCUCCUAAACGAUCACCUACAUCACCUGGUAACAGCAGCAUGACCCCCUCAGGUUUCCCCUGGAAGCCCCCUACAAAGAGAGACAGCACGCAGUCUAAUCUGCAAAGCAAAAGCCUGGCAGCUCUUUUUGACAAUGUCAAGGAGAUCCGUGAUGAAAGGUGUAAGAAAGUGCCUUUGAGGAACCGCAAUUUGCCACCUUCUUUUUUCACCGAGCCUGAGAGUCCGUGUUCGGGGCUUCUUUCCAAUUCUGGGGUGGCUUUGAGAGACCUGGGAAAGUGUAACCAAGAAACUCUGGAGUUGUUUGACUUUCUAGGCUCAGAUUACAAUAACAUGUCAGAACAAGAGAUUAUCCAAGGGGCAUCGGUGAGGCUACAUCAGGACGUUUCAGUCGAGCAGUCCCUUUAUGAGCCCCAUCACUUAUUAAAUGGGCUUUUUUAUUCCGACAUGUGGAAUCCAUGUAAUCAAGUUAAAAAAAGCUCCGUGGGAACCGGCAACCUCGGCUUGAAUGAGACUUUGAAAAGUGCCCCCUUGCAAGGAGCCCUGUAUACAAAUAACCAGGACCCGACCAUGGAUUCUACAAUGGAUGAGAGUUGCCCCAGUCUGACGACAUAUACCCCCUGUUUCCCCUCUGACUGUUCCCUUCCCCAGAUAUUUUAUGACUAUAACACACAGAAUUGCAACAGAAUUAGUUACCCUGUUAUGUAGACUUGUAUCUCAACAAGGACUCCUUAAAGGAGCCACGUGCAAUAUGGAUAACCUGGAGUGGGUACCUCAGUUCUAAAAGAC